AUGUUAAAUCAAAGUGAUAUAAAUAACGUAGAGAAUGUAAUUUAAUAAGUUAUUGAUUCUCUUUCGAUUUGCAGAUAAAGGAUAGAAGAAUUGCACAUUGAAAAAGAGUCACAUGAUAAAAUGAAGGAAAAUAUGGACCUAAUUAAGUCUAGUUAACAAGAUUUUCAUCAUAUCAUAAACGAAUAUUUUAAAGCAGUUGGAGAGAAUUUUAGAAAUUUAUAAAGUAGAUACCCUAAUUCUGAAGUUAAAAAGGAUGUAAUAACGAGAUUAGAUGAAUAGAUACAAAGUUUAGAUAAUCAAGCAUAAAAAUUAGCAGAAAACUAAUUCACUUAAAAAGACUAUGAGUAUUUUAAACAAUAAAAUUAUGUCAAAUUCAUAGAUGAUUCGUCCAAAGAAAUAGAUGAAUUAGCAACUUAUUCAUAAAAAACUAGCAAAUAAGAUUAAGAUUUAUUACCCUAAGUCAAAGUUAAUCAUAGAGUAGUAGAAGGCUUAUAUUUAACAUUAAAUGAUUAUGCUUCAGUAUAAUGGAGUGGCGAUAUACCAGUAGAAAAUUGUCACAAACCGAUCAUUGAAGCCUAAGGAGGAAUUGCUUUGAAUCAUUUAAUUAUUUUAGAUGAACGCCAUCUUUAAUAUGGACUUUAUGAUAUAGUCACUAAUCAGUAUGAAGUCCAUUAAUAUAAUUCGAAAGUGAAUAUUAAUUAUUCGCCAACUGUUGUUCAAGGAGAAUCCAAUUAAACCUAUCUAAUAGGAGGAGUUACUCAAUAAGGAUUAAUAAGUGCUUCAUUUAGUUAAUUGGAUGUAAAUUCAGGUCAAAUUACUAGUUUGCCAGAAAUGAAUGUUAAGCGAGUUGGUUGUAGCAGUAUUAUAAUUAGAGAAGGAGAUUGCUAAUAUCUUUAUGUGAUUGGUGGAAAAUCAUGCAACAAAGUGAAAACUAAAUUGUGUGAAAGAUUCAAUUUUACCACAUAAAAAUGGGAAUUCAUUACAAAAAUGAAUCAUGCGAGAUCCAAUUCAGCUAUUGCAAAACAUGAGGAUUACAUUUAUGUUUUUUUUGGAAUAGAUUCAGAAAAUUAGAAUACAAAUGUUAUUGAAAGAUAUAAUUAUGCAAAUACAAAAACUUGGGAAAUCAUAAGCAUCUAAAAUUCCUUACCAGGAUUUGACAGUUCAAAUUGUUCAGCAAUUUCAAUCAACUAAAGUUAAAUCUUGUUAUUAGGAGGAAUUAGAUAUAGCAUCAUUUUUAAUGAUUAAAUGUAUUUUAAUCGAAAACUGCUUACAUUAAACACAACAAACAGCACAUUUUCUGUAUUGGAUAAUCAAUUGCCAAUCGAUUUCAUUCCUUAUUCUCAUAUGGUUAUCUAUAAAAAUGAGAUUUAUGCAAUUGGAUACACAAUGAAGCAAGUAGAAGUUAAGCCAACUCUUUUUUUAGACGGAGGCUUUGUAUUAAAGAUUAGUAAAGAUUAUGUAAAAAUUCUGAAAUACAUUCCAGCUUAUUAAGAGAAAUAAAAUUGA